AGCAUGGCGUGUAGGUGUGAGUUCGUCAAUACUUAUCAUAAUAGGUGCUCCAUUUAUAAGUUGAUUCGUUAGGGCACAGGCACACUAAUCUUCAACUCUUUAGGAAUUAAGGACAAAACAAUGAAAAUGUACUCGCUAUCAGUGUUCUUGUUAGUGAUCAUCACUACUGUAGUAGUAUCAGAAGCAUGCGACUGUACAAAAACAUCAUUGAAAACAGUGCUUAAAGACAACGACUCAUUUUUAAUCAAAGGAAAAGUUCUGAACUCUGCAGAAUGGUUUACAGGAUUGAAUAUUGAUUUUGAUAUCGAACAAGACUAUAAAAACAACAUGAAAGAUAUAAAUGGUACUCCUCGUAAACAAGUCGUUUUAUUGUCACCAGUUAUUCAGAUGCAUUGUGGCAUAAGUCUCGAAGUUAACAAAUGUUAUCUGAUAUCGGGUAAACUUCAGCGUGAGACACAUGACAUUUAUUACAGAGUGAACUCUUGUGAGCUUCUGGUGGAAUGUAAGAAAGCCAGAAAACUGAAGAGAAUGGAGAAAAAAGUUAAAAUUUACCAGGCUUUAGCUAAGCUAGCAGGUUGAAAUAUAGUU